GCCUCUGAAACUUUUGUUAUUUUUCCCCCCUCAGCCUACUUCAAUUGUUCCCACAACUUGGUCACAGACUCAGAGAAGUUGCCAGAGAUCUACAGAUACUUCCCACAGCUUGGAACAGGCUCUGCUGUGCUUCACUAGCAGUCACACCAGAGGUGGGUGACAGCGCCAUGGAAGAUUAACAAGGAAGCUCCACAAAGGCUCUCUAAAACAAAAAGAGAAGAUAAUAGGCACUUUGCACUGUUCCUGACAACUUUUCCUCUUUCCUGCCCUCUUAAAACCUCUGAUUUGUGCCCUCUGCUUUCUUGUUGCCAUGGAGAAGGUCCAAUACAUAACCCGCUCUGCUCUGAGGAGAGCCUCAACUAUUGAGGUGAACCCACAAGCACGCCAAAGGCUCCAAGAGCUCUUUGUGAAUUUCUGCCUGAUUUUAAUUUGCCUCUUGCUGAUCUGUAUCAUUGUGAUGCUCCUCUGAAGUUCCAGCACUUCUCUGCACUGUCCUCCAAGAGAGUCGCCCCCAGAGGGAAGACACCCAAUGCAAAGAUCCUCUUGUGAGAGGGGCUAGCACCUGGACUAGAGCUGUAUGCCAACUAUCGCACUGUCUCUUACUACUUGCUACAUGUAUUAAAAACAUACUACUUCUGUAAAGAA